GCGGAAGGCGGAGGGAGCGAGGGAGGGACGGAGGGGACGGAAAAACGCCGCCUUGGGCCGGAAGGCGAGCGGAGGAGAGACGGCGGCGGACAUGGAUGACGAUAGAAUCUCGAGCUUGCCCGAGCAUGUGAAGCAUCAUAUCCUCUCUUUCAUACCGGACAUCAAGGAAGUAGCUAGGACCAGUUCGCUGUCGAAGUCGUGGCUACGGACGUGGCGAUCGUUCCAGAUCACCGACUUCAAACCAUGGCUCAUCAUACCCCGCGAGGCCAUCCUCGACAUCAUCAAGACCGGGCAGGGGAACGAGUACAGCGAGAGAUUCGUCAGGUUAGUCGACGACGCCCUUACGAGGUCCCGAGAUGGGAUGCCGCGGUUGCGACUCUACGUGACCUUUGACAUGAUUCCUCACGUCGAGAGAUGGGUUGAUUUGGCUUUAGACUAUCGUGUUGAGGAGCUGAUCGUAGAGAUCCUUCACAAUUAUCUUGACAAAUAUCAGUGCCCUGUUCCCGCAAGGGUUUUCUCUGCUAACUUCAUCAAAUCCUUAACAUUGGAUGGGGGGAUAAAGGUUGAUGGGAUUAGCGCAGUGCGUCUGCCUUCUCUGCGGUCGCUCCAAUUGUGGUCUGCCAAUAUUAACGAAGAGAUGUUUCGGAGACUCAUCGGGGGCUGCCCUGUACUUGAAGAUCUUAGUGUAUUCUGCUGCUAUCCCUUGUCCGAGAUCGAAGUCUCGAAUCUCAAUUACCUCAAGAGAGCGAGGUUGGGUACUGGCCUCCCUGAUUUUAAGUUUGUAAGAAUUAAAGCACCGGGAUUGGAAAGGUUCGAGUUUUGGUACAAUGCUGCAGUCGAACAGUCCGCCGGUCUGGUAGUUGAGGUACUAUGUCGGACCCUUACUUGCUUAAAAUUAACGAGCAUCCACAAGAGUGACGAGUGGUUCUGUCAUUUCCUUUCCAAAUUCCCUCUGCUAGAAAGCUUGACGCUUGAUGGAUUCGGAUCAUUGAAACGAAUCAGGAUCUCAAAUCCACUCUUGAAGAAGAUCUCAAUAGAGAGUUGCUAUCACUUGGAGGACCUCAGGAUUGAUACCCCAAAAUUGUUGUCUUUCUAUUACAAUAUCUACUACGGUCUAGGCGACAGGACACUCCCCUUCAUAUGGACGGAGAAUACUCCUUAUAGUUCUGCCGUCGGAUUCAGAAUUUCUUUCAGCUGGGAUCCUCCUGAGCUGUGGUUGGAGGGGCUCCAGAAAUUCCUCACUGGAUGGUCUGCCACAUUUAGAUGCCUUGAAUCAACCGUGUGUCUCUGCGAGAGUGGCGAAAGGAUUGAAGAAGAUAAGAAGAACUUGGCUUCAGCAGCACCCGGGAUACAAUAUAUGAAUUUCACGUCUAAGGCAUCCCAGUCUAUCAAUUUCCUUAUUCUGGAUUGCUUGUUUCGGACUUGCCAACCUAGAAGUGUUGUUCUCAGAGUGCCAUAUCCUUUAGUAAAGUUAAUCUGCGAGGCAUUCGCAGCCAAGGUGGGGUAUCCUGACUAUCCUGAUUGCUGUUCUGGUGCUGGUGGGUUUUUUUGUUUUUGUCACCGACUUAAAGACGCAAAGAUUGAAUGGGUUGAGGGGUACCACCAUGGUGGACCUUUAGACUGGAGCACUAUGUGCAGUCUGCUGCGCAUUGAAGUUUGGAUUCGAGCGGAGUGGUGGGAUUAGCAACCAGACUAUGCUGGACGAAGCUUGCUUUCCUGUAUGGAAUGCACUUUUUAGUGACCAGUGUACUAAAUGCAGCACAUGACCAGCUUCGUGGAGUGCGGGAUGAGUCCUUUUGGAGACCAAUAGUUUGGUAAUAAGAUUGUUCUGUCUGUUGGUAAGCAUGCACAUAUCUUACUAGGUUUGCACCCUUGUGGUGCUCUGUUUACAUAUAAGUCAUUGUUUACCAAUUAUACUACAUAAUUUAGAGAAAGGGACUAUUCAUAUCAUACUAUGCGAGAUUAUCCAUGCUUGCCUAUUCCCUAUGGAGUGUUUCCUCGCAGUUGCAGUUCAUGGUCGGACACUGUGAUGACAGAAACUUUGGCCUCGGAAGAACAAGGCCCAUACCGCCAACGUGGUUGAUUAUUCCUUCACAUUGUCCUGGAAAUUGCAUCUGUACACGUACCAUAUGAAAGAAAUUCCUGUAGAUUCAGUCUAGCGGGUCUCAUGAUUUACGGGAAACUCCGUCUGGAAUUCAUUGUAGUCAUUCAGGUUGCGUUUGAAUUAUUAGUGUAAUUUUAGAAUCA